AUGGGCGCAGCGGAUAUCAGCAAGGAUUCGCUAACGCUGAAGUGGGAGCCUCCAGAAGACGACGGCGGUGCCCCGGUUGAAAAUUAUAUCGUUGAAAGGCGGGACAAGUCGGAAAAAGAUUGGAAUGAGGUGGGAAGGGAACCAGCUGUCGAAGGCAAAACAGUAUACACGCUGCUCGAUGACAAAGUUGUUGAAGGAAAAGAAUACUAUUAUCGAGUGCGAGCUGUCAAUAAAGCCGGCCCUGGAGAUCCUUGUGAUCAUGGGCGCGCUUUCAAAAUUGUUGCUAAGCCAGAACCUCCUUCAUUUCCGGAAGGAGGCAUUUACGAUUUAAAAGUAAAAGUUGGCGAAACAAUCAAGUAUGAUCUUGUAAUCGGUGGUGAGCCGGUGCCAAAAGCAAUUUGGACUGCCAACGGUAAAUCAGUGAAGUCUGGCGGCAGGUGCAAAAUGACCAUCGAACGCGGGAAACAUUUAUUUAAGCUAGAAAAUGCAGAAAGAGCUGAUUCUGGACAAUACACUCUAGUCCUCAAAAACGACAGUGGAAAAUGUGAUUCAACAGCAACAGUAACAGUUGUCGGACCACCAGAACCGCCAAAAGGACCGCUAGAAAUAUCGGAUAUCUGCGGUGAUGGAGCUACAUUGGCAUGGAAGCCACCUGAUGAUGACGGUGAAUAUAUCGUGGAAGCUCUGGAUAUUGAUGAAAAAGGAAAAUUUGUGCCUGUAGGCUCAACAUCGGGUGCCGAAACAAAAAUCGUCGUACAUGGUUUGAAAAACAAAGGCAAUUACAAAUUUAGGUAA